CGGGCCGCGCCGUGCCGGCCGAGCGGGGCGGGGAGGCCCCGCCGCCGGUUCCCCCUGUGCCCGGCGCGUGAUUGGCGGCGGCUCCGGAGCUGCCUACCGCCGGCCAUGGAGCCUCCCCUCCGGCCCCCGACCCGCUCCGCUUCCUGCUGAGGAGAACACCUGUCCGGAGCGGGGCCGCGGCCGCGCGCAACGAUUUCUUCUGGCAUGGAGUUGGGUGACUAUGAACAGCCUGUUGUUAUGAGAGAAGAAAACAAACGAAGGAGAAGAAGAAUGAAACCUCAUUGUACAUCAAGUAAUUUGUCUUCAAUGGAACUGAUAUCCAUUGAGUUCAUUUUACCUACAAGCAACAAGCAUACUAAAGUACCAGAAAUGAUGUUACUCGAAAUAGCUGGAAACUGUACUGUUGAGCAAAUGAAAGCACAAAUUUGGAUGCGUGCGAUAGAGAUGAGUCAAACCACAGACUUCUACCAUGCGUUCACCCCGGAUCAGUUCAUACUUCAGUAUCAGAAGAAGGGGCAAUGGUAUGAAAUUUAUGAUAAACAUCAACUAUUACAGACAUUAGACUGCAUACUGUACUGGAAAGUGUUACAGAAGAAAGUAGGCAAAAUAUAUGUAGUCCAGAAACAAAAACCAUCAGAAGAAGUUGAGGAAUUUCAGCGGCAGCUUAAUGAUUUAAUUGGUUAUGAUGUUACUGAUGUAAGCAACGUGCAUGAUGACGAACUAGAAUUUACCCGACGCAGAUUAGUCACUCCACGAAUGAUAGAAGUAGCCUGUAGAGAUCCUAAGUUGUAUGCAAUGCACCCAUGGACUACAUCUAAGCCACUCCCAGAAUAUUUGUUCAAAAAGAUAACUAAUAAUAACAUUUUUAUAAUCAUACAUAGAGGAACGACGAGCCAAAAAAUUAAAGUGUCGAUAGAUGACACUCCAGAUAUGAUUCUCCAUAGCUUUUUCACAAAGAUGGCAAAGAAAAAGUCUUUGAUGGAUAUUCCUGAAGAUCAUAGCGAACUGGAUUUUGUUCUUAGGAUUUGUGGCAGAGAUGAGUACAUUACUGGAGACACACCCAUCAAGGAUUUUCACUGGAUAAGACAGUGCCUUAAGAAUGGGGAAGAGAUCCACCUUGUGUUAGACAACCCUCCUGACCCAAGUGAGGAUGAGGUGCAGAAGGAAGAGUGGCCAUUGGUAGAUGACUGUACAGGAGUUACAGGAUAUCACGAACAAUUGACUAUAGAUGGAAAAGAUCAUGAGAGAGUCUUCACUAUCUCUUUGUGGGAUUGUAAUAGGAAAUUCAGGGUGAAAAUAAUUGGUAUCGAUAUCCCAGUUUUACCAAGAAAUACUGAUCUUACUGUAUUUGUAGAGGCUAACAUUCAACACGGGCAACAGCUCCUUUCACAAAGGAGGACUUCCUCAAAGCCUUUUACUGAGGAGGUUCUGUGGAAUAUUUGGUUGGAGUUUGACAUCAAAAUCAAGGAUUUGCCUAAAGGAGCACUCUUGAAUCUUCAGAUCUAUUGUGGUAAAGCACAGGGAUUGUCCACAAAGACAAACCUUCAGUCACACGAAUCCCCCAACUCUGAUUCAAAAUGCAAGACUCAACUUCUGUAUUACGUGAAUCUUUUAUUGAUAGAUCACCGUUUCCUGCUACGAAGUGGGGAGUAUGUUCUCCACAUGUGGAAAAUCCCAGGCAAAGGGGAAGAGCAAGGAAGUAUCAAUGCAGACAAACUCACCUCAGCAACUAAUCCGGAUAAAGAAAACUCCAUGGCUAUCUCUAUUGUGCUGGACAAAUACUGUCACCCAAUUGCCUUGCCCAAGCACAGGAUAACAUCUGAUUCUCAGGGGGACAGGACACGAGCUGAAAUGCCCAACCAGCUUCGCAAGCAACUUGAAGAGAUCAUAGCAACUGACCCACUUAAUCCACUUUCUCCUGAGGACAAAGAACUGUUGUGGCACUUUAGAUAUGAAAGUAUAAAGCACCCCAGGGCAUACCCUAAGCUGCUUAGCUCUGUCAAAUGGGGACAACAAGAAAUAGUGGCCAAAACAUACCAGUUGCUAGCUAAAAAGGAGGCGUGGGAUCAAAGCACUUUAGAUGUUGGACUCACAAUGCAGCUUCUGGACUGUAACUUUUCUGAUGAAAAUGUACGAGCAAUGGCAGUUCAAAAACUGGAAAGUUUAGAAGAUGAUGAUGUUCUUCAUUAUCUUUUGCAACUCGUGCAGGCUGUGAAAUUUGAGCCUUAUCAUGACAGCGCAUUAGCCAGAUUUCUGCUGAAACGGGGUUUAAGAAACAAAAGAAUCGGUCACUUCUUGUUUUGGUUUUUAAGAAGUGAGAUUGCCCAAUCCAUGCACUACCAGCAGAGGUUCGCUGUGAUCCUAGAAGCCUAUCUUAGGGGCUGUGGGAAAGCAAUGCUGCAUGAUUUCAUGAAACAGGUUCAAGUCAUUGAAUUGUUGCAUAAAGUCACAAUGGAGAUAAAAUCAGUUUCUGCGGAAAAAUACGAUGUCACUUCUCAAGUUAUUGCACAGCUUAGACAAAAACUUGAAAAACUACAGGGCAGCAAACUUCCAGAAAGUUUUAGAGUCCCAUAUGACCCUGGGCUAAGAGCAGGAGCCCUAGUGAUAGAAAAAUGUAAAGUAAUGGCAUCCAAGAAGAAGCCCCUCUGGCUUGAGUUUAAAUGUGCAGAUCCAACUGCUCUAUCAAAUGAAACCAUAGGCAUCAUCUUUAAACAUGGAGAUGACCUCCGUCAGGACAUGCUUAUUUUACAGAUUCUUCGAAUUAUGGAAUCCAUUUGGGAAGCAGAAUCCUUGGACCUCUGUUUGCUACCAUAUGGCUGUAUUUCUACAGGGAACAAAAUAGGAAUGAUUGAAAUUGUGAAAGAUGCUACAACAAUUGCCAAAAUUCAACAGAGUACAGUUGGCAACACUGGUGCAUUUAAGGAUGAAAUACUGAACCAGUGGCUCAAGGACAGAUGUGUCAUUGAGGAGAAGUUUCAGGCAGCUGUGGAAAGGUUUGUUUAUUCCUGUGCUGGCUACUGUGUGGCAACCUUUGUUCUUGGAAUAGGAGACAGACACAAUGAUAACAUUAUGAUCACAGAAACAGGUAACCUUUUUCAUAUUGAUUUUGGCCAUAUUCUUGGGAAUUAUAAAAGCUUCCUUGGAAUUAAUAAGGAAAGAGUUCCUUUUGUGCUGACUCCAGAUUUUCUGUUUGUCAUGGGGACCUCGGGAAAGAAGACAAGUCUCCAUUUCCACAAAUUUCAGGAUGUGUGUGUGAAGGCUUAUUUAGCUCUCCGACAUCACACCAACCUGCUCAUCAUCCUGUUCUCCAUGAUGCUAAUGACUGGAAUGCCCCAGUUAACCAGCAAAGAGGAUAUUGAGUAUAUCCGGGAUGCGCUGACGGUAGGGAAAAGCGAAGAAGAUGCUAAAAAGCAUUUCCUUGAUCAGAUCGAGGUUUGCAGAGAUAAGGGCUGGACUGUGCAAUUUAACUGGUUCUUACAUCUUGUGCUUGGAAUCAAGCAAGGAGUAGAAAAGCAUUCUGCUUAACAUUUGGUGUAAACUAUCUGUAGGUGUAUAUAGGAAGUUAGUGAAUGUACUUGUUGUUAUUUAUGCAUUCCAAAUACAUGAGCAGUCAGUACUGCCUUUACCUCACUGGCAGCUUCUAAAAAGGCUUUUUUUUUUUUUUGUCUGCCUCUCCAGAAGAGCUUUCCUGCAGUUAAGAUAUAUAUAUUUUUAAUGUCUAAUGAUGCUUCCAGUUGCCAGACUGUCAAAUAGCUGCUUUGCUGAUAUGGCCUGCAAUUUUCUUCUUUCCUUUAGUAAUAAUGAAGGAGGAGCUUGGGUCAGAUGAUAACCUACAAUCUCAGAUAGAAAUUUUCAGUGGCAUUGCCUUAAUUGUUCAUGGGAGUCCAGGCUUCAAAUGGGGAAAAAAAGAGUCGGUUUAAAAUCGACAGUAAUAUUGAAAUCCCUGCAGGAAAUUUAUUUCUUUAUCAGGAUGGCUUUUACUCAAGUGUUCUUCACCCACAUCACCCUUUGUCCCACUUUAUUCUUGUUCUGAUUUUCAAUAUGCGUCAGUAGAAAACAACCUUAACUCCACUGCCAAAAGAAAUUGCUUUAUUAUUAUUGUGGUCUCUUGACAUACACAGCUGACCUUGACUGUUGCUGUAAGAGAGCUUCAUAGUUCCCUGGAAGCUCCUCUGGUUUGAACCUGAAGUUCUUGAGAUUUAAUUUUGGACUGUUUUUUUACCGGUUUGUUUUGUUUUUUAAACAGGAAGUUCCAUAUUAUAUUACAGAUUAUAUUAUUAUUGUAAAUUUAUUGAAAUUCCACCUAUGUGGUAAAAGCUUUGUAGAAAACUCAAUGGUACUUCCUUAUUCCUCAGAGAAAGCUCCUCACGUAAAAGCAAUUGACAUUUUACCAAAUAUUUGAGAAACCCAAAGCUAUUUAUUCUUUGGAGAAAUAUUUUUGGGAGAUACCCAUAAGGAAUUAAAUUUAAUCUUUGAAAUUGUGUAUAUUUUGCUAUUUAUUUUUAAAUUCUUUAAGAGACUAUACUACUGAAAAGCUAUUUAUGAAAGAAAAGAAAUAAUUUCAAUAUUUAAAGCUAAAAGAGGAAAAAAUGAUCAAUGUUAAGUAGAAUUGUAACUUCUCUGCUGUAGGAUACCUGCAAAUCACCUAGACUGCCUAAGGUAGGAAUAACUAUAUGUCAUGAAUUAGUCUUUGACUCCAGUUGUUACCACGUCCUUCCUGCUGAUUGAUUCGUACCAAAGAGAGAAGAUGGCUUGCAGUAUUGCUUUUUUGCACUCGUGCCCAUGUAAUUUCUUCUUCCAUUGUAAUUUUACAUGGGUUUUACUUUACAUUUAAAUGAUGAACUGAAUUUUGUAAUUCUGUUAUCAUUUGCUUUGAUCGUUUCACAGAACUGUUUUUAACUACUGCUACCACUGUUACUACUGAGCUUAUCCUGGAAGGAUUUGUACUAAAUGUACUGUAGUUGGUGUCUCGGUUAUGAGAUAGAGCCAAUCUAUUUUUGAAAUACAGAUGUUUAAUUGAUUCCCAUGCACAAUGAUGUUUUUGAUGCGUACGAUGGAGUGAUUUAAGGAAAUCUGAAAAGGUAAAAAGUAGAAUAAUUUGUUGUUCUGUUACAUUACCAUUCUGUGCAAGACAGGCUUAAAACCGUACUAAAAUACAAAGUAAAUGGUGAACGCUGUCUGUAAAAUGCUAUUUUUAGGUUUGUAUUUUGUAGAUCAGAAAUAAAUUGAUUGAUAUGUUCUAUUCA